AUGGCUACUAUCCACGAUCCAUCCCUGAUUGACCUAAUCCCCUCCGAGCUGCCCGGCAUCCCCGACCAUGAUACCACCAAAGAUGAUUGGGUGAUUGGCAUCGGAGCACAAGGCAACAACACCUUUUUCGAUACACAGUGGGUACAAUGCUCUUACCAGAUAAGUGGUGGGUAUGGGCACACACCAAGAUACAUCUACUACUUCCUGAUCCUCUUCGCCAUGUGGAAGAGGCGCACCGAUUGGCUUGCGGAGGCUGCGAUGGCGUCCGUCAUGGUAUACAGCGGCUCUGCGGCCAUCCAUGCCGUCGUACUAGCUGCGACAAGGGGAAAGAUGGCCCCACGUUCCAUGCUCCAAAACUACGGGACAGUUCGGGUAGAAGGCGCAACGACUACUGGCACUGCACCGACCUGGGACAGCAAUCAAGAUGAAUGGAUCAGUGAUGGCCCGUUUGACAACAGCCUCUGGCUACCGGUCCUCCCGAUGGCUUGGGACUCUGACGUCGACGCCACUCUUGCCAUCGUGGGAACAGCGUUUCUGGUACUAUUACCAAUGCAGACCUGGUCAAGAGCACUGCGCAGGUCUCGGGUCAAGAUCGUGGUCUGGCUGUGGGGUACCUUGUUGCUGACGGGCAUGGUUUGUGCCUUGGUUGCGGAGCAAUAUAUCCAAGCUUGGUACUUCGGACAGCUGCGGUUCUGUCCCACCGGAGCUCACGAUAGUCUCCCUCUGAUGAAUGAUGGGAGGCAGACCGUGGGCGGCGAAUGGGACGGCUACGACGGGUACGACUGGAAUCGGACGAUCAAACGGCAAUUCAUCGACAAGACCAGCACCGAGGCCUUGAGCAAUGUCUGCAUCUACCCAUGCUUUGAUUUCGACUGGCCGCUCCGCGACAAUACGGAAAUUUUGGCUGUGGAACGGAACUACAACAUCAUAUUCGUUUCUGACACGUUCUUCGUGUUGUUGAUAAUAUGUUACUCCUUGGUAACGUCGACCGGUCUAUCCAGUCUGACUAUAGCAGUUCUGACCAGCCUUCCUCGACGUUGGACACUCCGUGGGCUCCGUCCACACUCGGACCAAGACGCCUUAAAACUACGCCUGAUACCCCAGCAGCUUCGGUGGAUCAGAGAUGCCUGGAAAAAUUAUCAUCUUGGUUGGAUCGAUCGAACUGCGAAAAUAGCACUUUCCACUUACUUCCUCAUAGUCUACGUUUACACCUUCUUUGUCAGCCCUGUGGUGGUGUUCUUCUUUGUUGGUUUCAUGGAGUGGACUAUCUGGGGCUCCGAUCCUGGCGGUGAGACCUUCUACCACGUUGGGCAAUGGAGUACUAAUGUUGCAUUGGCAUUGGUCUUCAUAGCUGCUGCUAUAUCUCAUUAUAGCAAAAGUCCGAGUCCCACUGCCACCCCUUAA